CCGCCAGAAGCACACAAAACAGAAAAUAAAGCACACACCUUAGCCUAGUGUAGUGUGUGUUUGAGCGAGAGAAAAAAAAAAUGGCAGCAGAAGCAUUGCUAAAGAUGUCAUCUGCAUCAUCAUCAACAGCUGCUUCUCCACUCUGUAACUUCAAUGGCUCAUCAAGAAGGCCAGUUCCUUCCAAGCAUCUACGCCGUCGUAUUAGUGCCAACAGUGCUAGAGUCCGCUCUCUUACUUCUUCUUCUCUAUCUGAAUUCUUUGGGACCCUGCGGCUUAGCUCAACUUCAAAGCUCUCAAUUAUGCCUCAAAAGCAGAGACAACGGAGUAGCUUCACAGUCUUUGCCAUGGCUGCUGACGCAGGGAAGAGAACAGUUCCUUUGGAGGACUACCGUAAUAUAGGAAUUAUGGCUCAUAUAGAUGCAGGAAAGACCACUACAACAGAAAGGAUUCUGUAUUAUACUGGUAGAAACUACAAAAUUGGUGAGGUGCACGAGGGAACAGCUACAAUGGAUUGGAUGGAACAAGAACAGGAGAGAGGAAUCACCAUUACAUCUGCUGCCACUACUGCAGUUUGGGACAAGCAUCGGAUUAACAUUAUUGAUACUCCAGGGCAUGUUGACUUUACUCUUGAAGUGGAGCGUGCGCUUAGGGUAUUGGAUGGUGCAAUCUGCUUGUUUGACAGUGUUGCAGGAGUGGAACCUCAGUCUGAAACUGUUUGGAGACAAGCUGACAGAUAUGGGGUCCCCAGGAUAUGCUUUGUUAACAAAAUGGAUCGUCUUGGAGCAAAUUUCUUUCGAACAAGAGACAUGAUAGUAACAAACUUGGGUGCAAAGCCACUUGUGAUUCAAAUUCCAGUUGGUGCAGAGGAUAAUUUCCGAGGAAUAGUUGAUCUUGUCAAGAUGAAAGCAGUCAUUUGGUCUGGGGAAGAAAUAGGUGCAAAAUUUAGCUAUGAAGACAUUCCAGCUGACCUAAAAGAGAUAGCUGAUGAUUACAGGGCGCAGAUGAUUGAGGCUGUCGUUGAGAUGGAUGAUGGUGCUAUGGAGAAGUACCUGGAAGGAGUCGAGCCUGAUGAGGAGACAAUCAAGAAACUAAUUAGGAAAGGAACUAUCUCUGGCAGUUUUGUUCCAGUUUUAUGUGGGUCGGCUUUUAAGAAUAAGGGAGUCCAACCUCUUCUUGAUGCAGUUGUGAAUUAUUUGCCUUCUCCUCUUGACGUGCCAGCAAUGAAGGGUACUGACCCUGAGAACCCAGAAGUGACUAUUGAAAGGUCUGCUGAUGACGGUGAGCCUUUUGCUGGAUUGGCUUUCAAGAUAAUGAGUGAUACUUUCGUGGGAUCCCUAACAUUCGUUAGGGUCUAUUCAGGGAAGCUUGAAGCAGGAUCCUAUGUACUCAAUGCAAACAAAGGUAAGAAAGAGAGAAUUGGUAGACUCCUGGAAAUGCAUGCUAACAGUAGAGAAGACGUGAAGGCAGUCUUAACUGGUGAUAUUGUUGCUCUUGCUGGUUUGAAGGAUACAAUUACUGGAGAAACGUUAUGUGAUCCUGAUAGUCCUGUAGUUCUUGAAAGAAUGGAUUUCCCUGAUCCUGUCAUUAAGGUGGCAAUUGAACCCAAGACCAAAGCUGAUGUUGAUAAAAUGGCCAAUGGAUUGAUCAAGCUUGCUCAAGAAGAUCCAUCUUUCCACUUCUCAAGGGAUGAAGAGACAAAUCAAACAGUUAUUGAAGGAAUGGGAGAAUUGCAUCUUGAGAUUAUUGUUGAUCGGCUCAAAAGAGAAUUUAAGGUGGCAGCUAAUGUUGGUGCACCACAAGUAAACUACAGGGAAAGCAUUUCAAAAGUCACCGAAACAAAGUAUGUCCACAAGAAACAAUCUGGUGGGGCAGGGCAGUUUGCUGACAUCACAGUAAGGUUUGAGCCCAUGGAGCCUGGUGGUGGAUAUGAGUUCAAGAGUGAGAUCAAGGGAGGAGCUGUGCCAAAAGAAUAUAUUCCAGGUGUGAUGAAAGGUUUAGAAGAGUGCAUGAGCAAUGGUGUGCUGGCGGGGUACCCUGUGGUCGAUGUCCGUGCUGUGUUGGUGGAUGGUUCUUACCAUGAUGUUGAUUCAAGCGUUCUGGCCUUCCAACUGGCUGCUAGAGGAGCGUUUAGGCAGGGGAUGAGGAAAGCUGCUCCAAGGAUGCUGGAACCGAUAAUGAAGGUUGAAGUUGUCACCCCUGAAGAACAUUUAGGAGAUGUGAUUGGUGAUCUGAACUCAAGAAGAGGCCAGAUCAACACAUUUGGUGACAAACCUGGUGGCCUUAAGGUUGUUGAUGCCUUAGUUCCAUUAGCAGAGAUGUUCCAAUACGUCAGUACCCUGAGAGGGAUGACAAAAGGUCGUGCUUCCUACACCAUGCAAUUAGCCAAAUUUGACGUGGUUCCUCAACACAUCCAAAAUCAACUCUCUCAAGUCAAGGAGGAAGCUGUGGCUGCUUAAUCAGCUGGUUUGCAUUACUUAGCUGUAGAUGCAGAGCAAUGCCAAAUACACUACUUGAAAUAGUCGAUUCUUUUUGUACUGAAAGUGUUGAUAUUUGAAAUUUUGAACACGAGUUUUGGUAGAAAAGCCACAAGCUGGUGUAGCUCAUAAUUCCAAGCGUUUCAAGCUUUCGGCCG